AUGCGAAUCGGCAGAGCAAUCACCCAAUUCACAAAGAUCAUGAAGACAGUGAAGAAGCCUAUGACCCUGGCUGGAGCCAGCAACUACCUAGCAUGGAGCAAAGCCAUCCUAAAGGUAGCCCGCCAAGUAGGUGUUGAGAAGAUUAUCCUGGAAAGGCAAGAGACUUCACCACGGCCAGAGCACUUGAAGAUUUCACAAUACUGGAAUGUUCAGAAUAAUUGGCUACACAGCCUAAUCAACAGUACAAUAUCUGCACAAGCCAGAGAGCACUUCAAGGAAUCAGAUAGCCUUAGUGCUUACAAACUCUGGGAAGCUGUAAGGACAGCCUUCCAAGAGAGACCUGAGAUACAGCGGGAAAGCCUACUUACAGAGUUAGUAAGAAUGACACCACAAUCCGCUGGCUCAGAAAGGAAUUAUAUAGAGAGAUUCCUAGCAAUCCGUGGGGAAUUUGAGAGAUUAGGGUUCAAACAACUUGACCACACCCUACAUGAUAUCUUGAAGAUGAACAUUACGUCCCGAUGGAGAGAGUUCAUACAGAACCGAUUUGAUAUGGCAUGCCAGAGCGGAACAAACCUACCGGAGAAGGAUCUGGAAGGCCUACUGAAGGAUAUCCUCCACCGAAUCCCCAAGAAAGACCAGAAGAAAGGCGGAUCUACAAAGCCAAAUACAAAUGCAACAAGCUCGGAUCCCCAAAAGUCUUACAAAAAUAUGAACGGAGCUCCAAUAUCGUGGAGAUCACAGCGCCAGACGUCCGUCUCGAAAUCAACGACCGAAGCGGAGUAUUUGGCAGCUAGCGAAGCUGCUUGUGAACUAGUUUGGAUCAACGACCUGUUGAUAGACACCGGGGUGAUUAGCGAAGGCUCAGCAAAGCUAAGGAGCUCAAAAUUAAGUGUUGACAACAAGGGAGCGGUUGACUUAGCCAAAGCUGAAGCUAUAACGCGAAGAGCACGCCAUAUUGAGAUUCGGCACCAUAUGCUAAGAGACUGGGUUCAAAAGGACGAAAUCUCAAUCGAGCACGUUGGAACCGACGCGAAUAAAGCUGACGGGCUCACGAAGGCUCUUGCAAUGGAUCCCUACGCUCAAUUCGUGAGCGCGAUAGGGGUGACGAGUUGAUACAGGAAAAUAUGGAGGUUUAUCAGUGAAGCCAGCAAAAAUACGGUAUCGCGGCGAAACGGAGCUAAGCCUAAAGAAGGAAUAAAUCUGGAUUCUGUAAUUAAUUUUUAUCGCGGAUUUGAGAGAUUUGGAAGCUUUGGAUCUUUGUGGCUCUCGCUCGCUGCUGGAGCUCGUUGCAUGGGGGGGUGUUAGGUAAUCCAACCAGCACCUCGCUCACGUGACCCACAUAGAUUAGCCGAGAUUCCCCUUUAGG